CUUAUACAUACAGCAUCAUUUCACCUCUCCACGUUUCCAAGUAGCUGCCAGCGGAGCCUCAUCCGCUCAUUGGUGACACGAGCCGCUCGUCACGCGGAGCCAGCUGCGGGGCCUUCCCUAUCCGUGUGUUCUGUCGGAAAUGUCCCUCUGUUCCCGGUCCUCCAUUGGACUGAUCCGCUGUCAGUCGGCCUCCCUCCCGCUGAACCCCGUCCGCCUCUCCGGCUCUCCGUCUCCGUCAUACUGGCUGCGAGAAGCAGCAGCGAGCACGGCUGUGAAGAAGACCCCCACCAUGAAGAAGAACGGACAGUCGCUGCGCUUUAAACAUAUUCUAGUCUUUUAAAUAUCUUUCAUAGUAUUUAAGUAAUUAAUUUAAAAAGUAAUCGGGAUGAUACCAUCAAGUAUCCGCGUACCUUUAGUGCUUUCAUCCGACACCGUGGUCCGCCAGGGGGAUGUAUGCCUGACUUCUCUUAAUAGCCAUUUUCUGCAGACAAAGAGAGCUUGUGAAUAGAGCUUUCAAAGGCACACGCUCCCCGGGGCUCCUAUUGAUGAAGAAAGUGGGCAACAUGUGGAGCAACCUGAAGAGCAAAUGUCAGACUCUGUUUCACACCAGCAGCUCGGGACCCGGUGAGAGCAAGGCAGACGCCGAUGCCGUCCACUGCGUGCUCGAUCUCGGCCAAGGCGGCUCCGAUGAGGCUCAGACGUCGGAAGUCCCCAGCCCAUCCCGGAGCCUCCUGCCGGUUCCUAUGGUAACAGCAGGACGCCGCCAUCACAACUGUGUGUCGGAUAUCCCACAAAUAGUAGAGAUCACCAUCGACAAGGACACUGAGGAUGUGCGGGGAGGAUUAGGGGGUGUUCCUCUGGCACGUAGAGACUCUUAUUCCCGUCAUGCCCCAUGGGGGGGCAAGAAAAAACAUUCAUGUUCCACAAAAACCCAGAGUUCUCUGGAGGCGGACAGGCGGUCCGGGCGUUUACGGGGUAGUGGGAAUCGCAGGGACCGGCGUUAUGGGGUUGGCUCUAUCCAGGAAAUGAGCGACUCUAUUUCUGGGGGGCGGAGUCUGAACGCUCGCUCUCUGCGCCAGCGGCUGAGUGAUACUGUUGGGCUGUGUUUACCUCUCCCCCCUCGCAGACGCUCCCGCUCAGCCAAGAACCCGGUCACCUCCAAACGAAAGAUCCACCUGACAGAGCUGAUGUUGGAGACCUGCCCCUUCCCCCCAGGAUCAGACCUCGCACACAAGUGGCACCUGAUCAAGCAGCACACAGCGCCGGUAAGCCCGCAUUCCUCCACCGCCCUGCUCGAUGCCUUCGACCCCGCCCACCCUUCACCCGAGGACGAGGAGGAGCGUCUGCGUGAGCGCCGCAGACUCAGCAUCGAGGAAGGUGUGGACCCUCCACCCAACGCACAGAUCCACACCCUGGAGGCCUCAGUGCCGGGCUCCUCUCUCUACAAACUGGGACCAAAGAUGGCUCCUGGCAUGGGGGAGGCCUCUGGGGAGGUCCGGGCCUUGGGGUCCGGAAGCUCUGCAGGUGCUGGUUCAUCAGGGGCUUGUGGGUCCGUGUCGGGGGCUGCAGGGUCGGCCCAGGACUGUGACUCUGAGGAGGACUCAACCACGCUCUGUCUGCAGGCCAGGAGGCCCAAACAGAGGCACGCCUCAGGGGAAGGACAUCUGAGCCGACAGCAGCCUGGACCCUGGAAGGUCCACACCCAGAUAGACUACAUCCACUGCCUGGUGCCGGACCUGUGGCAGAUCACAGCUCUGCCCUGCUACUGGGGAGUGAUGGACCGCUACGAGGCUGAGGCGUUGCUGGACGGACGGCCGGAGGGCACCUUCCUGCUGCGUGACUCGGCCCAGGAGGUCUACCUCUUCUCCGUAAGCUUCCGCCGUUACAACCGCUCGCUGCACGCCCGCAUCGAGCAGUGGAACCACAACUUCAGCUUUGACGCCCACGACCCGUGUGUUUUCCACUCUUCCACCGUCACAGGACUGCUGGAGCACUACAAGGACCCCAGCGCCUGCAUGUUUUUUGAACCGCUGCUCACCGCACCGCUCAAUCGGACUUUUCCUUUCGGCCUGCAGCACCUGGCUCGGGCCGCUAUCUGCCGCUGGACCACUUACGAUGGUAUAGGCUCUCUGCCGCUGCCCCCUGCCCUGCAGGACUUCCUCAAGGAGUAUCACUAUAAACAGAAAGUACGAGUCCGCUGGCUGGAGAGGGAACCGCCACUCAAGGUCAAAUAGGGUGGGCUUCUCCUUGCCUGUACACACACUGCAGGAGGAUUACACAUCCAUAGGAGUGUACACAACCUCAUUUGAGCUGUAGAGACAUUACUCUCUUUCUGGUGGGGGAUGAGAUCUAAAUGUAACAAGCUAUACAAGAUUCAUUCUAAUCUUUGUUUUAGUUAUUACUCACAUCACAGAAAUACAUAUGAUUAUAUUCAGUAUAACGCUGUCUGGCAAGCACAUGUUUUUGUGUUGAACAGGUUGUUUUGACAGGGAGUGGAGGCACAAAUAUCCGAGCUUUGUGUCUUUUCUCUCCUGCUUUGUGCUAAAUGUCUGCCUGAUCCCACCACAUCAUCACCUGCCUGUUCACCUGCCUGCAUGCCUCCCUCUUCAUCCCAAACUGCUAUUUAGGCCCACACGGCUCCAUUGUACAGGUCACUUUGUGUUCCCCCUUUUUUUCUUUCCCCCUCCCCUGAGUUUGUCGAAGCACAGAGCGAAGCACCUUCACAGGAGGUGUGUGUGGGUUGAGAGGGCAUCUGGAGGUGCUGUCGGUGUAAUGCAGUCACAGCUCGUCCCAUGGAUAGAGCUACAUACUUUGCCAUCGCUCUGCACACAUGCAGCUGAGACGACAGAUUCAGAGAGAUCAGGACAUCAGGGAAAUGAAGUGCUUUCUAAGGGCUAUAGAUUAGUCUUUGAUCUUUGUUCCUCUUUAGCAGUAAUGUGACGGAUGAUCAAUCGGUUUACUGUGUUUUAUUUCAAGAGCAAGGCAAGCUUGUCAACUUUAUUCCCACUGUGGGGUGUGAACUUCAGACAGGGAGGGGACAGGACCCUGAUACUGCUAGCCAAGCAUUCUACAAAAAUGCAAACACAGAGUGAAAUCAAGAAAAACAUAAAAUGCAUUGGGCUUAAAUUUUUAGUGUUACACCUGCUUCCUUCAAUCUGCCUCUUUUAGGGUUAUCUGACACGCACAAAAGCUUCAAUGUUGGAACUCUAAGCCACGUAUUUGUCAAUCAGUAUGCAGAAUAUUUUCCGAACAUGAAGUCAAUUAGUAGUUCAGUCUAUUUAAUGUCAAAAGGUUGCAAAACAAAUAACUUUUUCCAACCAACAGUCCAAAACCCAAAGACUCUGUUCACUGUCAUCAGUGACAAAGGAAAAACAGAAAGUCCUCACGUUAUUAAAGAAACCGCAGAGAGAUUUUCAAUAUUUGUUUGUGAAACAGCUCAAACUCAAACAAUAACCCAAAAAGUUCUGAUAAUUUCCUCUUGAAUGUUUUAAAUGUUGCAGGUUUAUAGUUUUAUUCAACACAUUUUCCUCCUCCUUCCACUGAGGUCACCAAACAUUUCUUCCUGCUGUUCAGUAUUUUCUUCCUCCUCUAAUCAAUGAUUUAGAGGUUCUUAAUAGUAAGUUCUUGGAGAACAUAUCAUGUGACUCAAUCCUGGUCCUUUCCUAAUUUAAGACUUGAUUUAAACAAAAAUCAUACUCAUUCAUUUCAGAACAACCUAUCAGCUGUGGCGAAAAGGGACCUGACAUUCGAUUUACCUUGCAUUUGGCAGGUAAAGGUGCUAAUUUGACUCCCUGAGUCGCAAACAGGAAACCCUAACCCUCGUCUCUGAGACCUCACGACUGAAUUCUUUGAGCUCAGUUUUAACAAAGCCCAUUUUUAAAGAGGUAUUUUAAGCAUUGACUGCAGCUGACACUCACUUGAGUUAUGUAAUAUUACUAGUGUGCGUGCGUGCGUGCAUUUGCAUGUGCGUGUGCGCGUGCGUGCUUGCGUGUGCGUGCGUGCGUGCGUGUGUGUGUGUGUGUGUGUGUGUGUGUGUGUGGAAAUGAAAGACCCUGAGUCUCCUCACAUUUUGUCAGUUGAAUCCUCGCACUUUGUUUCAUUGUAACAGCAUCACAGGAUGCCAACUUCACCAACAAACUCUGAAAACAGGCCUGAAGCUCUCACUAAGUUGCAGCUUGGAGAAAGUGUAUCCAUAGUGCUGUAUUCCUCUCCAACACAAGCUGACACUGGGAACAAAUCCUGGAGGAACACUGGAUGUCCAUGCUUAAAAUCUGAGUUUCUUUUUUUGCCCGGCUACUGCUACUUACUAGAAUACAGCUCAAGUUUAUCCUACAUCUAAUCCUGUUAGAUGAUGUGUUUUAAAUUCAGGUGAUGUGAACUGAAAUUGUAAAAAAAAAGUAGUCUGGUGGAUGCUGUAUGAUUCCUUUGACAGCCCAACCUUGUGAAAAACUCUGACAAGCAUGCAUCUGACAGAUAAAACAUUUGACACAUGUUGCCCCCGAGGAAAACAACAAAUAUAAACCUUUAUAAAUUAUAAAUCCAACUUUGAUUCAACUGACAAAAAGUCCUGAACAGUCCAAUGGUGCAUUUAGGACACAAAUGUUCAGUUUUGAGCUCUUUGUGAAGAGAAAAUAAGUAAAACUCUGGUGCUUUAUAAGAAAAACAUUCAUCCUGUUUCAGUUUGUAAUCCUAAACUGAAGCAGACGGUGCUUUUAUCACUGUCAGUGAGACCGAAGCGACAAUGAGGGACGACCUCUUCCCUCCCUCACUCACUGACGGUACACAUCAAAGUUUCUGUUCCUAAUGAAAUGUUCUCGGUGCUAUCACAAAUUAGCAACAUUUCCAGGUGUCUUACAUACACCUGUUGUCUCUGGCCGCGCUACGGCCUGUGUGCUAGUGUUAGUGUCUUAUCUGGGCCUUUUCCAGCCCGUGUGUAAAAUAUGUCGGAGCAACAAAUCAACGUCAAGCCUUCGCCUGCGGUCUCCGGCCUGACAUACAAAUCCUAAUGAGAGCGCAUUAAGCUAACUCUGAACUUUAACAGACGUGGCCUAAAUAUUUUACAGUUGUGGAAGGAGAUUUUGCAGGAAAAAUAGCCACAAUAGUUAUUUAUAUUGAUACAUAUUGAUAUUUAUUACUUUAUAGAAUAUAAUAUUAAGCUACUAGGCUAGUAACUAAGAUCAGCCCAACAGAGGCUAGAAAACAACAACACAGAGUUCAACAUGUAAAGCAGUUUCACAUUGAAAAUCUGUUUCUUAAGUUCUCUGAGAGGAUUUUAUCAUGCAGCCUGAAUAUAAGAUCAUAAAAGGUCAAAAAGCUGUUUUUGUGGGACUAGCUCACUAACAUUAGCUUGAGUGCAUAGGCACAAUAUGCACUGUAAAUGCCAGAAACAGCCACAGACUUGAUCUCUACUUUAAUUUAUUUUCACCACAUCAUUCAAUGUACUGAUUUUCUUUGGAUUUGAAAAUUAUGCCCACAGAUAUAACACAAAUAUGCAGCAAAAAUGACCUACUGUUGUUUUAAAAAAUGAGUACUACAAUCUGUAAACAGUGCAGCAGAGUCGAGUGGUUACCUUUCCAACAUUUAGAGAAAAUAAAACUUUAAAGUUUACAGAUUUGAACCCUGCAGGUCAGGUGUGAAACUAAAACUUUAGAGCUGCGAGGUCUGAGAUCAUGACCACUACAGAGUUCACAGUAGUUCAUGUUUGUCCUCUCAGUGAGGAUGAAUCAUGGAGCAAACAACAGUGUGUCAUAACCAUCAGGAUGAAGCUCAAUUAUGUAUCAAAUUACAGUUUGUCAGACUGCUCCUCCUGCUCACCCUGUUAAUCACACAUCAGCGCCCUGAAGUUAAAACUUCCUAAGGCCUUACCAUGAGUAUAUUUAUCCGACAGGUAACAGGUGUUCCAAGAGAACUGGUGUAAGGGCUGAAGUGUUGUAUCUUCAUCUCUCUCCUGAAGCUUGAAUUUAAUGAACAUUUCCUGCAUUCAAAAGUCCAGAACAUUUCCUGCUCCCACAGAGCUUCCACACAGCUGGAGGAGUGAGCGACAGUCUGGGAAUAAAGUUGACAUUGGACUUGCCUGUUUGUGCACUUUUAUGUGUCAGGAUUUGAAGCAAAAUUCACAUCUAUUUAAAAACCUGCAAUCUUCACACUAUCCUGCUCAUCGUCACCUGUCACUUGUGUUCAGUGCCCCGCCUCUCACAGGCUAAUUCAACCAUGAUUGGAUACAUUUCCUGGGUACUGAAAGGACCUUUUUUUUUUCUUUUUUGUUAAUAUCUAACUGCUGCCACAUCCCAAACAUCAUGAGAGGAACUAAGGCCUGUCUGUCCAGCUCUGCUAGAGUGAUUUGAACAUCCUGGAGGAGGAGGAGAAGCAGGAGAAGCAGGAGGAGGAGGAGGAAGGAGGGUCACUGAGAGCUUACUGUUGCUUCAGCAGCGUGUUCACAGAGAGGGCGAGGGGUUUGUUGAAGUAAAAGCACUUUAAUUGUGUACUCGUGUUCUACGGUGCAGUGUGAGAGUAUCAGACGGUGUUUUCUGUUUUGGCGUUUUCUCUGCUGCAAAUCAGGUUUGAAAUGACCGCUGGAAGGAGUGACAACUUCAAGCUUUUAUUCACGUCUGACUGGUCUGACACAAAAAAGAGUUUUUGUGGCGAUGUUUCUUAGAGGUGUUACCGUCAUGACAUUUUGGCUCUACCCAUACUAACACAUUAGAGCUCUUCACAUGUAGUUUGCAUAGCAGGCUCUAGAACACUUAUAUUCUGCUCUUUUAGAGCCCUUUAAUUGAGGUUUCUGGAGGAGCUGCCAACCCUGUAUCAGUUUUAAAUUCUGGGGUUGGGUUUUAUUGAGUACAGGCUAGAAUAUGGUUUCACUGUUACUCAUCAUGCAGCUUUCUCAGGGUCUGAAAUUCAUCUUUAUUUUGCCAAACAGUUAAAUGUUCCUGCUGAUCGACAGUCUUGAUCCCCCUCUACGAAAUCAAUGCAGAGUGAUGUAAAGUCAAUCUGAAACAUCUUGAAAGUGUCACUGGACAGAAAACUGUUUCUAUGACUCACUUUUAAAGUGUGAAGGCUUUAACAAACUAUUUCCUUUAUGGAUUAAUCUGCACGUUAUUUGUUGAUCUGCUGUUAUUCUGAAAUUGUAAGAUCUAAAAAUGCUCAUCACAUACUUUGGAUUUAAUCCAUCUUUCCAGGUUAGUCGCAGAAACAGUCCUGAAUUGUCCCUGAAAUGACAGUGCAAAAAACUCGUCUGAGGGGACUUCUUUUCAAAUGCAUUAGUGGAGAUGUGGAGUCAUUCUGUUGUAGAGUCAUUUUUGUCCAAUAAGAUAAAAACAUCCUCCCGUAGACCCACGUCAGACUCAUUCUUUGUCGGUCACUACACUUGUUAGUUUUCUGUACAUCAGGUUGCUUAAGAAAAGCUUGAAUUCAUCCUGUUUAACAUCAAAUAUGAGCCUUGAUAAAAUGAUAGCUGACGGUUGUCCCUCCACUUCACUUUAGUCAUUUCCUGCUCUGCUGCUCUGAAAAGCCCCAACAUGCAUCUGUCUGAAUACCUCUGACAGCACUGUUUGUGUUUUAGCUCAUGGAGUGGGGAUAUGCGUGCAUGUUCAGAAGAAGUGAGCAGUCCUGAAACAUUUCACUGAUGGUUAUUCGGGCAUCGUGUCGGCAGGGCUGCAGACUCACUGCGUGUGUGCGUGACGUGUGUUAGUGUUUUUGGACAGAGCCACACAAAGGGAGGGGACGCAGAGUCCACUUGUGAGGGGUGAUGAUACUGACUCUUAUGAACGAUGCCUCUUUGCCCCUCCUGUCCCAACCCCCCUCACGUCUUUAUUCUCAGGCAGGCCGCGGUGUGAGGAGCGUCCUCUCAGCCCAGUUUUCCCCAUGGGAAAUAUCUGACGUUAAGCAUUGCACACGUUUGCCAUUUAACCUUUAGAUUUAGGAGGAAAAAAAAAACAUUGUAUGUAUGAUGAGUGAUGAUUUUAUUCUUCUGUCUGGAAAACACACACUUGUUGCUCUACCACACCACCUGACACCUGCAUUACCCUCCCCUCACCUUAAACCAGGGCGUGUGUUAUCAUGGACCACAUUCAGCCAGCACCACCCACCUCUCUGUGUUCCUCCCCCCACAAAGAGAAGCAAAGAUGGUGUUUACAUGUUUAUUCUGUGUUCUUAAAAAAACAGUGAAUUAAUCUAUUUGACAUUUUAUUGUCAUCAAUGUGACAUCAUGUAGCUGCACUAUGUGUUGGAAACCAUGGAGUCCAUUCUGGAUGAAAAGAGAGCCCCCCUCCCCAUCUCUGUACAACUCAUGGUUUCAGCUCUGAGGCUGGCUCAGGCUGCAGGAGUUUGAAAAUCUUAAUAGAUCACAAUAAUUAAAAAAAAAAAAACUGUCAUGCGCACAGACAGAAUCUACACUGAUCAAGUUUCCUCUAAUCUCAGAAAUAAUGCACUUGAAGAUUUGAGAAAUAUUCGAGCAUCGUUCCCUUCAGGGUAUCAUCAAAUUGAUGUGUACCAGUGGGAGAAAGAACUACCUCGCUUCAUCUCUUCAGAUCUCACCUGAUCUCUAAGGACGAUACUGUGACAGAUUAAUUCACUCUGGCUGAAUGAUGAUGUGCAGCUGGCAGAAAAUGUCUUUUUUUUUUUUACAAGGUGAGAUUGUGAGUUUUUCUGUCUUAGCCUCAGGGCUUCAGCCUGUUGGCUCCACCUCCCUCUCCCCUUCCGUCUCUUCCACAUUUUGAAUCUCAAAAUAUUUAAAUCAUCUAUACGAUCUCCGUAAAGGUAUGGAGUGUUUCUGCCUACAUUGCUGAGAGACACUGGGCAGCUCUACCUUCCCUCCUCCUCUGUCCGAUCUGAUCUCUGUCGUGAAGCUCAGAAAAUUCUAUCUCAAUUAUUCAGGUUAUAAAUCCUAAAAAUCCAACAUCAGAAUAUGGACUGAACAUAGUUACUGACCAACUAACCAAACUGUAUUCCUAGAGGGUUGAUCAGAUAGAAACUCCUGCAGUUUGAGCCCAAAGAGAACAAACAACAAAAUAUAUUUUAAACAUUUUAUUUCAUGUUCCCAUAUAUAUUUUAGAGAGCUGGGUUAUAUGCAAACAGAAAAAGAUGUAUGAAAGAAUUAUUAUUUUUCAUUCUCCCUAAUAUGCAAUGGAGUGUAGUGUAACAAUGGUCACUUUAAUGCUGUAUGUGCACAUUGGUUGCUGUGUGGAUGUGGCUGCAGAGGCAGCAGGACUUGACAAUGAUGGGAACUAAUGGUCGUCACUCUGCAGCACCGCCGUGUUCUCAUACCGCCUUAUUCGUUCUGAUCAAUCACAGGAGCCCUUUUGAGACCGCCGGGCCAAGCGAGCUGCUGUCAGACGAAUAUCGCUGUUCCAUUUUUCUUCUGCUUUUCCUUUUUCUUUUCUUUUUUUUCUUUUUUCUGCUGUCAGGUAGGACUUGGAGCGUGUAAAUGGCAUAAUCAUGUUCACAUGUCACCGUCUGUUUCUGUGUAUCUGCUUCACCAUUCAAAGAUAAAAAAAACCAGUGGUUUCCAGUAUAACCUGUUCAUUUUAAAGAGCCGUAUGAUGCGACACUUGUAGCUGUCACUCUUGGUGCUUGGCUUAUGCUUCAUUGUCUUAAUAUUCCAAAUAAAACUGUUAAGUGUAAUCCACACUGGCCCAGGA